GUUUAUGUUCCAGGAGUGAUCGACCGAUCAGUAGUUGACAGCGCGACAGCGCUCGAGCACGUGUGCGUGUGCCCCGUGUGCCGUUCCGUUCCUCCGUGUGCGGCACAGAGAUGUUUUUAAACGGCGUGGGCUCUUUAAACUGAAUUUUUAUACUCCUGCAAUGAAGAGUGACAGCCAUAGAAAGCCUUUGGAUCUGUUGGAAAGCGGCGACCUCAUCAAAAUAUGUGCUCCGAUGGUGCGGUAUUCCAAGCAGGCUUUUCGGAUGUUGGUCAGGAGGUACUCCGUCGACGUUGCCUACACACCGAUGAUUAUAUCGGAUUCGUUUGUGAAGUCUCGGAAGGCAAGGGAUGCCGAAUUCACCACCGGACCAGGUGAUCGUCCAUUGAUUGUCCAAUUCGCUGCAAACAACGCGACCGACCUGGCUAACGCAUCUGAGCUAGUUUACCCGUACGCUGAUGGUGUGGAUCUCAACUGUGGCUGCCCACAAAGAUGGGCCAUGGCAGAAGGUUACGGCGCGCACCUGCUGAGUGACCCAGAGCUGGUUCGAGACAUGGUGCAUCAAACACGGAACCGGCUGAGUGAUCCUGGCUUCACGGUGUCCGUCAAGAUAAGGAUUUGUGAAGAUAUGAGGAAGACUGUUGACAUGUGCCAGAAGCUGGAGGCUGCCAGAGUUUCAUUUGUGACUGUCCACGGUCGCACCAAAGACCAGCGCAGCGAGCCGGUCAACCUGGAAGCCAUCAAAAACGUCAAGGACGCCUUGCGGAUACCAGUGGUUGCCAACGGAGACGUGACCAGCUUACGGGAGGCCGACAGGGUGUACCGCGCCACCGGAACCAAUGGUGUGAUGGCAGCGCGGGGGCUUUUGGAGAACCCAGCCAUGUUCCAGGGAACCGAGCACACACCAGCAAGGUGCGUGAGGGACUGGCUUCGGCUGAGCACCCAGCUGGGCUGCCCCCUGGCUCAGUUCCACCACCACCUCAUGUUCAUGUUGGAACAUGUGCUGCCACGAAGCGAGAAGAGGGUUUUCAACGCCCUCACCAGCUCUUCGGCAGUUGUAGACUACCUCCGGGACUCUUACGGACUUUGGGACGUUUCUUCGACUGCUCACGACACGCAGGCUGCAACAGCCGCUUGCAGCUGAGGAAAAAGUCGCCCGUGACGAAGCAAGACUUCAGUUGGAAGUGUUGACAAUGAGCAAGUGGUGCAUGCAAGAGACAGAAACAGCAGAAGUGGCGAGGGUGCAAGAAGACCGUCCUAUUCAUUUGUGUUAUCAUCUGUGCUACUUUCACUUCUUAUGCAUAGAAAAUCUCCAGCAGUCACAAAGUAUAGUGUAGUUUACAAAAAGCCUGUGCCUCAGAAUUCCCCACUGUCGAAACAGCACUUCAGGGGCUGAAAUACUGGACAAGCAGCAUUUAUUACUUUACGAGGCAUUUCAUUUGAGGUUGAAAAAGCAAUGAAUGUAGUUCACCUUGUAGCUACAUUCUAUGUUAAGAUGUCAUUAGUGACCAAGCAUGCUUCAAGUUGAUAGCAUGAGGAAGUGGAGUUUGCAGCUUUGACUAAAAAUCAAAUCACCGCAGAGGAAAGCUUUGACUGUGACAGACGGACUACAACAGUGAUGGGUGCGAUGGACGCUUAUGACAUUGGAGACACUUGUGAUGUGGAUGGAAACUUUUUUUUAUUGACACUUUUCCAAUUGGGUGACAGUAAUGAUGACCUUGUGCAUGAUGAAGUGGAGGCCUAGUUUGUGCCUCGAACCGGAGGGGACACGAGGAUGACACCAUCUCCCCGAACAAAGAGCAUCGGGAUGGACCUCUUGGUACUCUGCACACACAAACCAAGUAAAGCAAUCACCAUACAGCA